AUGGUUAUGACCAACAAAGGCUUGACGGGACCACCCGGACAACCUGGAGAGCGUGGAGCGCCUGGGUUAAGGGGAGAUCCUGGGGAUCCUGGAGUUGAUAGUUUCAUCCAAGGCCCUAAGGGAGAAAAGGGAAGGCGUGGACACCAGGGCAGUUCCGGUAUUGAAGGACUUCCGGGGGAAAUAGGAAAUGUCGGCCCUCAGGACUCCAGAGGAAGAGGAGGCCUGCCAGGGCUGAAGGGUGUACGUGGAGAAUCGGGUGAAGAGGGUUCCCAGGGAGAGCUUGGGUCUCCAGGAUCACAGGGACCAAGAGGAAGGCAAGGACCACCAGGAGGUUUUGGAGAAAAAGGCUUCGUGGGUGCUCAGGGGAAUCCUGGGCUUCCAGACCCAAAUGGUUCAAAAGGAAAAGAUGGACCAAGGGGAAUGAAGGAAGAGCUUGGUGAUGUAGGAGAAAGAGGACUGCCAGGUCUACAAGGACGAAGAGGGCAACCUGGUCUUUCCGGUCCAAAUGGAUAUGGACAUCCAGGAAGAAAAGGAACAAAGGGUGAACCUGGAUUUCCCGGCUACCCUGGUGCACAAGGAGAAGAUGGUGACCCAGGCCACCAAGGAGAGAAGGGGGCAAAGGGAACCAGAGGGAAGAGGGGUAAUGCUGGACUUCCUGGAUUUGCUGGAACUCCAGGUGACCCAGGCCCUCCAGGACCAGUGGGAGUCAAGGGUCCCAAAGGUAUGGUAGAUAUGAUGCCUUGUGAAAUCAUCAAGUUCGCCCGUGAAAAUUGCCAUAAGUUGUUCGAAAGGCUCGAAAGGAGACAGCGCUGUGAAGUGGGGAUGGAACAUGCUUUGGGAGCAUAAGUCACCUGGGAUUUGGAGAGGCAUGGUCCAUCCUGGAAGGGUCUUACAAUUUAUAAUACAUUCGGCUCAGUUCCCCCUUGGGUAAGUAACCUUCUUCAACAUGAUCUCAGAAAUGAAGUGGAUGAUAUGGAGAACAGUAUGGAGGUUCCUUAAAGAACUAAAAGCAGAGCCACCACACUGUCCUGCAAUUCCACUCCUGGGUGUGUAUCUGGAGAAAACCAUAAUUUAAAAAAAUACAUGCACCACAGUGUUCAUUGCAGCAAUAUUUAUAAUAGUCAAGACAUGGAAGCAACCUAAAUGUCCAUUGAGAGAUGAAUGGAUAAAAAAGAAUGUGGUAUUAUAGUGAAGUGGUCAUAUUAAGUGAAGUAAGUCAGACAGAGAAAGAUAAAUCUCAUAUGAUAUCCCUU